AUGAGUGAUUUUCUCUUGGCAAUUUUGGAUGAUGUUGAUAAGCAAGUAGACAUCGCUCGUUCUGCUACUAUCUUUACACAACAACGAAAAAGAAAAUAUGUGAUCAAGGAGUUCCAAGUUAUGCAAACAUUAAAUGAAGCAGAAUACGAUGAUAAUAGACAACUUUUAAAUGUUCUCACGCUCCUUGGCUUACAAAUGAGUGGGUAUGUUGAGGGACUGCGAGUUGCUACACGUCAACAGGAAGAACGUGAUACUGAAGAUGGAGUGGAUAGUGCAACUUUAGAAAGUCAAACUAAUAGUCAAAAUCAUUUAGGCACUUCUAGUUCAUUAUUUAUUUAUUAA